AUGAGGUAUAACAUUGGAAAUUUCAACAAAGUACAGGUUGAGUUUGAGGACGGAAAUUUCAGUGGUAGUUUUAGACCAGUGUUAUAUAGAAAUGUAAGAAGUUUUUCACAAACGUCAUCAGUACAAUUUUUCAACAAGAGUCCCUCUGCUGAAGAGCAACAACAGACAUUUGCCAAAGUCAAGAAAGUGUUAGAAGAACAUCCACAGUUGAGACAAUUGACUUUGGAGUUUAAGACACUACUUGAAGCAAAAGGAUUGCUCGUUACGGGAAAGCCAUCAAUGAGUCAAAUGAUGAAACUUUUGACUGAUAAGGAUAUUAUUGCUCAUGGCAAAAAAUUGAAGGAUUACUUAGAGUCAGAGGAUACGGGUUUAACCAAAGAUGAGUUGGCAACUAUUACAGGAGCAUAUAUGUUCCAAGGUAAAGACUUGCAAUAA